UCUGAAAUAUACUUAGAGUUUAGCACACAAGCUGCUUAUUUUACUUCCAAAUAGAUGUAUAUUCUGAUAUAUUAGUCUUAUCUUUGUCCUUUCCAAYCAUAGUACUAAAUUUAUACUUGAUACAGGAUAAAAAGAUUACUGUUUCAUAAGUUAAUUUUGUGAUUGGCCACUGAAAUAACACCACUAUAGCAUUCAGAAACGUACCUGAUAACAAGAUAAUAGUCAACAUAUCUUUAUGUAAAGAAUCAUUCCUGUCAGUAAUAGCUUCAACAAGAUGUCGGGUAGUAACAAGCUGGUUCAAUAUGUUGUUGUCCGUGGAGACUUAACAAAAGUACUGCAAUGGCCUACAGGUGCACUAAUUGCUCAAGCAUGUCAUGCAUGUACAGCCGUAACAUGGCAAUACAAGGAUGAUGUGAAUACCAAAGACUACACCAAAGACAUCGAUAACAUGCAUAAAGUAGUGCUUGAGGCCAAAGAUGAAGAGCAACUCAAAUCCAUUUCAAAUGCUUUAACUCAAGAUAAAGUGGAUCACAAACUAUGGAUUGAGCAGCCAGAAAAUUAUCCAACCUGCCUUGUUACCAAACCAUAUGCCAAAGAACAAAUACAGAAAUACUUCAAAAAAUUAAAAUUGUUUAAAUAAAGCUUUCCAUAGUAUGGUGGGAAUAUGAUGUUAUUGUCUAUCUCGAAAUGUGCUUCAAAUUUCUACUCUGCAAUAGUACAAUGCCACUCCAGCUGCAAUACUUUGUACAUUAUUUACAAAUCAAUUAUGAAAUUUGUCUCACUACUGUACACUAUAUAUAUAGUACAGUACCGACCAAACUAUCUUAAUGCUUACAUGUGAUAUUAUUGUGCUAGCCUAAGUUUUAUUUUGCAUUAUAUCGAUGUGUAGUUUUUUAAGAGUCUGGAAGAGUUAUCCAAAUCAGAGACAACAUUAGGGCCAUAGACAGGGUGGAGCAUUGUCUGACUUAUCCAUCUCCAUUUGUUUAUGGUAUUGCAGGGUUUUCCAGAAAAGCCCAAAAUCUCUGAUAAAUUCUACUGUUUCUUGACCAAGAUUUGACCUCAGGCCCCCACUUAUAAUAUUUUUCAGGUAUCGAAAACAAUAUUUACAGCUAAGAACAACCCAAUCAGGUUAAAAGCUUAUCAAUUAAAUCAAUGUCCACUUGACCUUCAAGCACCUAUUUAACUUUAAUAUUGUUUUAUAGGAUAAUGAUUAAUCAUGUUGAUGAUAAUUCAGCUGGAACCUAUCAUCAUCAUCAUCAUCAAUUCUUUAAUA